AUGGAAUUUUAAGAAUUGGAAAAAAAGUAUGAAGAAUUAGAAGAAUAAUGGAAAUAAAGUUGUUUAAAGGUUCAAUAAUUGGAGGGUUAAAAUUUACAAUUAGUUUAAUAAUUAAAUGAAUAGAUUUAAGAAAUUAAUAACUUAAAAAAAAAAGAUUAACAUCAAUCAGAAGAAAUUUAAUAAUUAAAUGAAAUGGUGACUGAUUAAAUUAAAUAGAAGAAAUAAAAUGAGAAAAAAUAUGAUGAAUUAGAAAAGAAAUAUGCAAAAUUAAAAGAAGAAUAUAAAAAAUUAGCUACUAAAAUAGAGAAUAGAGACUUAUAAAUUUAAUAAUAAGAAAAAGAAUACAAAUAAAUAACAGAAACUGCUUAAAGAGAUACUUAAGCAUUGAUAAGUACUUAUGAAUAAAAAAUAACAAUCUUGGAAUAAAGUUAGAUUCCAAAAUAAUAAUAGAUUUAAAAUAAAUCAAUUAUUGAUUAUGUAAAAUUAUUCUUGAUCUCUUAAGUUGCUCAUCCUAUUUUCUAUAUUAUGUAUAGCAAAAAAUAAUGA